CCGACCAAUGGGAGCCAGGGGCGGGACCGCGGCACAAGCGCCGGAAGCGGGGAGGCGACGAAGGCACGUCGCGUCGCCGCGCCGGGUCUCGAGCAGCUGCCAGAGCCAGAGCCGCCGGACGGACCGCCGCCCCCGCCGCGCCAUGGCCGAGAGCGACUGGGACACCGUGACGGUGCUGCGCAAGAAGGGCCCCACGGCCGCACAGGCCAAGUCGAAGCAGGCCAUCUUAGCAGCUCAGAGACGAGGAGAAGAUGUGGAGACAUCCAAGAAAUGGGCUGCUGGCCAGAACAAGCAGCAUUCCAUCACUAAGAACACGGCCAAGCUAGACCGGGAGACAGAGGAGCUGCAUCACGACAGGGUGACCCUGGAGGUGGGCAAAGUGAUUCAGCGGGGCCGGCAGAGCAAGGGCCUGACGCAGAAGGACCUGGCCACGAAAAUCAAUGAAAAGCCGCAAGUCAUCGCAGACUAUGAAAGUGGACGGGCCAUUCCGAAUAACCAGGUUUUGGGCAAAAUUGAGAGAGCCAUCGGCCUCAAGCUCCGGGGGAAGGACAUCGGGAAGCCUAUCGAGAAGGGGCCGAAGGCGAAAUGAACACAAAGCCUCGAAGCCAGUGGUUCCGGCUGAGCUCUUCUGGCUGGUCCCCCAGGACCACCAGCACUGCCGUGGGUCUCCUCACAUGGUUAAACGGAACACGGGGGUCAGGCCUGUGUGCCCCCUCAACCCAUACCUGCUGUCAAACAAAGCAAAACCUUGCAAAGUGA